UCUAAAGGCUUCUGAGUGUCUUAGGCGACCUUCGUUAUUCUCUCAUGAAAAAUGUGUUCUGUAAGAAUACGACUUUCUAACUGUAUAAUGACAAUUGGAUAUAUCAAGCGAGAUUAUUAGAAUUAUAUUGUUCAUUUGAGGUUGAAAAAAUAUUUACCUAUUCCUUAUUGAAAAUUCAUUUGUUUGCUUGAUCUACAGCUGAGUUGAAUUGUGCAAGUUUACACAGGGCAUAAAGUGCCAAAGCCGCAGUAAAGACGAAUAAAGACUUUAAAAAUGGAUUUAGUGACAAACAAUACCAAGAGUAAUACUAUUGGGCGAACUUUAAAUGAACGGGCUAUUGAUGUAAUGUCAACAAAGCGGACUUUGAGUCCCAGGACAAAACAGAGUUUAUACGGUGUCUAUAAGAGUAAAGGCGAUUUGGAACUUAACCAAUAUACAGACCAUAAACCUGAAAGGGUCGCUGAUGUUUUAUUACGUGGAUUAAAACCAAGUUCCUCAGGGCCAAGUAAGUCACUAACCAGGGCAAAGAGUCAUAACAGAGGCCAUCAGAGACGUUUGAUAACGAUCAUUACCAGAUUAGAUAGGAUAUUAGUUGACAAUACAGCCAAGAUUGAAGCAGAUCAAAUAGAGGUUUUUAAGGAUUUUAUUAAAGAUAAUCCACAAUUGGAAGAAAAGUUCAAUUAUUUAUUCCGUCAUAAUAGGAUAAUGGCUCGGAAACUAGGGAUACCAAUGCCAAGGGAACUACCGGCAGAGAUAACAGUUACCCCCAUGUUCAAACAAUCUAACCAUAAGAAGACGUCUGACUCACGUGGAGAUAACGCUCUCGUAGCUGAUGAAAAGGGUAUCACUGUAGAAUCGGGGAAUAAAAAAGACGAAUCAAUGAUUGGUGAACGAACUUCUCCAAAUAUUGCAGUAAACAUCAAACCCAAAACGAUGACAUCAAGGAAACAAACGAUUGAUGGAACAUCUAAUUUGACGUUUCCAGAAGAUGGACUACGACGGAAUUAUCGUAGACCGCAAUCGGAACCCCUACACAAGAAAAACAAAUACUUGGAAUUCGAUCUUAGUACAUCAAACAUGAUUCUCAAUACAAUGACUGUUCAAAACACAGACACUGAAGGUAUGGUCACGUUCAACCCUACAACAAGCAAUCUCACUCCUAGACACUCUGAUACACUUCGAAAAUCAAAUUCAGAAAAUUCUACGACUAAGAAACCCAAAUAUGUAAAAACAACUGAUUUAAUCAACACUGAAUUUGGUUUUCAAAAACCCCGAACAUAUUCGCUGGACGGGUAUAUCAAUGACAAGAAGGAGCGAUGCGAAAUUGACAAAGAGAUUGAACUGAGUGCAAUGAGACAUAUCAAAGCAGCACAGACGCCUAGCUUACGAUAUAAAGGCUGUAAAGCCCAAAACAGUUUCACAAACCUCCAACAAACGCUAACUCCAAAAACAUCGGACAAAAACCGAAAUAAAAAUGAAAUAACAAUUUCGAAAGAUUCUUCCAAAGGUUUGAAACUCCAUAAAGGUACUUCAAUUUCAAAUGGAAAAAAUUCUGGCACUGACAAUGUGAAUUUAUAUCGUCUGCCUCCGUUGGAGAAUGGACGGAAAACUCAAGAGGGUAACUCAAGUGAUAAGAGAGUGAGAUUCGAGAAGGUUAAAGUGGAAACAAGUUAAGGAUUGGUGGAUUUUGAAAUAUUUCUAUAUGCCGUGAAAGUCAAAAGUGGGUUGGAGUACUGGCAGAUGUAGAGCGACAACCAUAAUAAAUUAUAUAUUAAUAUAACAUGUAUUUUGACUGUUGUGUUUGUUGUGUCUCUUAGAAAAUAGCAUGUUUCAAGAGCAAGUAUUUAGCAGUUGCCCGGUUGAUAUUUGUGUUUUACAAGGGCGCGCGUGAACUCAGCAAAGAACAUGGAACAGUUCAUAAAGUCACGAUUAAGUAAUAAUGGUAACUGAUGAACCUAAAG